CUGCUUGCUGGCUGGCUGACGAGGACGACCGAAGUAGUAGUCUCCCAUAGGUCGUGCCAGUGUAUAGUGUACAGUGUUUUGAGUGUAUGAGACGACUCACUCUCUUAAGCAAUAUCCCUCAGAUCCCUUGUUGCGACGUUCGUAAAGAACUGCUACGAUCCGCCAAAGUUUGAGCUUGUUUUGGUUUUUACGACUUUUCCCCCCGCCCCCCGCAACCCCACUCAACCACGUUCGUAUAUACUUAACCGCGGAUUAAGUGACGACGGAAAGAGAGAGAGAGAGAGAGAGAGAGGCUUGAAUAGCCUCUGAGAGCCUUUUUCUUCUGAGGCUCUCGAUAACACCCCUCCGCCUCCCUACCCCCCGGCGGCGCCCCCCUCUUUCUCUCCUGUCUCUCUUGUGGUGAGAGGGAUCGUGUUAGUACCCAACAAGUGCCAAUAAAGUGGAUUAACCACAAAAUGCCUUGUGACCACUGGGCUUAAGUGGCUUCCUCUUAGACCCGUCUCCCCCCCCCCCCCUCUUCGUCUUCCUUCUUCCUCUUCCCUUCCUCUUAUACCAGCGGAUGACACAAACACCAUAGAAAGGAUCCCACUUCGGCACUCUCUCAGACGGAGCCGUUUGUCGAUCGCAAGCUAUAACGAAUGACCGUGGUCAGGAUUUGCAAUUGAAGCGUGAUGGUGGGUGGCGAGGGGCGGCGGUGGCGGCCGGCUGGCGUCGGUGAGGGCGGGGCGCUGCCAUGACCGGAGACGGCACGGGUGGUGGGGGGACGCACGAACCCAGCGGCGGGGGCGGUGGCGGCGGCACCCUGGGAGUACGCUGGGGCGACGUCCCCCCCGACAAAGAGGACAUGAUGGACACGCUGGACGAUGACAAGGAGGACGCGGGCGGGGGUCGCUCCUCGGCGGGGGGCCUGACCCGGCUGCACAGCCGCUCCAUGACGUCCCUGCCGCCCGAACCCUUCAUGAUUAUGCGGUCGAAGGCGCUCAACCGCCGCGUGCAGCUGAACGUGGGCGGGGUGCGGCACGAGGUGCUGUGGCGGACCCUCGAGCGCCUGCCGCACACCCGCCUGGGCCGCCUGCGGGAAUGCAACACCCACGAGGCCAUCAUGGAGCUGUGCGACGACUACUCCCUCAUCGACAACGAAUACUUCUUCGACCGCCACCCGCGCUCCUUCUCCUCCAUCCUCAACUUCUACCGCACGGGCAAGCUCCACCUGGUGGAGGAGAUGUGCGUCCUGGCCUUCUCCGACGACCUCGAGUACUGGGGCAUCGACGAGCUGUACCUCGAGUCCUGCUGCCAACACAAGUACCACCAGCGCAAGGAGCACGUCCACGAGGAGAUGCGCAAGGAGGCCGAGUCCCUCCGCCAGAGGGAGGAGGAGGACUUCGGCGACGGCUGGUGCGCCCCCUACCAGAAGUUCCUGUGGGACCUGCUGGAGAAACCUCAGACCUCGCUCGCCGCCCGGGUACUGGCCGUGAUCUCUGUGAUCUUCAUCGUGAUGUCCACGUUGGCUCUCGUGCUCAACACGGUGCCCAGCUUUCAGGGUCCUGAACAGGGCGAUAAUGAGAAACUUGCCAUGGUGGAGGCGGUGUGUAUCACGUGGUUCACUCUCGAAUACCUCCUCCGUUUUGCCGCCAGCCCCAACAAGUGGAAGUUCUUUAAAGGCGCGAUGAACGUGAUCGAUUUGCUCGCCAUCUUACCCUACUUCGUAUCCUUGUUCCUUAUCGAGUCGAACAAACACACAGACCAAUUCCAGGACGUGAGAAGAAUCGUUCAGAUCUUCAGAAUCAUGAGAAUUCUCAGAAUCCUUAAGCUGGCCCGGCACUCGACGGGCCUUCAGAGUUUGGGUUUCACUUUGAAAAAUUCUUAUAAGGAAUUAGGUUUGUUGAUGUUGUUUUUAGCCAUGGGCGUGUUAAUAUUUUCGAGUCUCUGCUAUUUUGCGGAAAAAGAUGAAAAUCCUGUGUACAAAAGUAUCCCUGAGACCUUUUGGUGGGCGGGUAUCACUAUGACGACAGUGGGGUAUGGGGACAUGUACCCGAUCACGCCCCUGGGCAAGGUGAUCGGGUCGGUGUGCUGUAUCUGUGGCGUGUUGGUCAUUGCGCUGCCCAUCCCGAUCAUCGUCAACAACUUCGCCGAGUUCUACAAGAACCAGAUGCGGCGCGAGAAGGCCCUCAAGAGGCGGGAGGCCCUGGAGCGAGCCAAGAGGGAGGGCUCCAUCGUCUCCUUCCACCACGUCAACCUCCGCGACGCCUUCGCCAAGUCCAUGGAUCUCAUUGAUGUCAUCGUGGACACAGGGCACAACAUGUCUCAGGCCGACGCCAAUUCGGUGGCUGGGGAGUCCAUGAGAGCCGGCCAGACGGGCACCGGAUGCUACAAGAACCACGAGCACCACAUGGGCCGCCUGCAGAAGGAGGCGCAGCAGCAGCAGCAGCACCAACAGCCGGGCGGCGAGGUCAUCGCCACGGCGCCCGCGCCUAACAUCCUGGACUUGCCGGCCGCCGAGGAGAGAACCGCUCCCGGCUCUCCCGAUUACCAGACUCCGGAUUUGAAGAGACAGGAGCGUCAGCUGCUUGGUCUGGGUGACACAGCCAAUGAACUUGAUUGUUGCUUUUGCACUACUAAGGACAUGGCGGCGCCCGCGGCUUCCAGGGUUCUCGACAACAACUCGGAGUCUGAUAGCCCAGGUAGCCGCUACCUAGCCUCCUCCGACACCCCACUCAGUAUGUUUAACAAGGACUACAAGGAGUUCAUAGACGCGGAAUGCCUGGUGCCGGCGCCGGUGACGGAAGCCCCUCACCACCACAUAGAGCUCCAGCCCCUCAAAACCCAGGAUGGCGGCGGGAUUGGUCGUGGCGCCGCCCACGACCUCGCCUCCAUGGACUCCACUGACACCUUCGCCUCAUGCCCAACUCACCCCUUCAACUCCCAGGCCGACCUGACCGACGACCAACCACAGUCGACCACCAACAACAAGGACUCGUCCAACCUGUACGUGAACCCCCUCGACGCUGACGGUUACCAACCGCCUCCUCCUCCCCCUUCUGCUGCCGCCGCCGCCGCCGCUGGCGCUGCUGCUGCUGCUGCUGCUGCCGGUGGUGGUUCACCCCGCACGCCCACGCCCAGGUCGUCGCCGCGCCACAGGGCCCUGCACCGCCCGCAGGCCUACACCACCGAUUCCUUCGACGACACCCGGAGCACCGACAACCUGCUGGGCAGUAGCCGGUCCUCUCUCCAGGACUCUCCCAUGCCCAAACACCGACGAGCGAGAUUCCAGGAGGAGAAGCCGCGACCAUUCAGCCGCCUGCUGGAGUCCGUGGAGAGGGCGCGGGCCGCGAGAGAAGGUUCAGCUGCAGACAAGGCCAACAAGACCAACAACAGAGGUCGUAGCAGUAGCAAAUCAUCGCUAGGCGGGGAAUCGCUGGAGUCGCGCCGUUCCCACGGCUCCCCCGAGCGCCGAAAAUCCAUCCUUAAGCACCGCGACCCCGAGACAGAGCAGCUGCUACCCGACCUGACCUUUGACCCUCCACCCACACCGACGCCGCCACCACCCACCAGCGGGGACCACGAAAAGCGAGGGCGACCGACCCUGAAGGGCAUCGGCCCUAGGGCGGGCGGCGUGAAGCCUCACGCCCUCCCCGUCAAGUUCGUGGGCGUAGACGAGGAGGAGGAGGACAGCAACCGUCCGCGUCGUAUCCUGCCCCGUUCGCCGAUGCCCCGGCGGCACCCGCAGAGGGCGCCGCUGGCGGACCUGCUGGCGGACUUCGCGGGGCAGGAGAAGUCGGUGCGAGACGAGGCCACUCCCGAGAACCUCAUGAAAGACACACUCGAGCCCAAAUUAGCGUCCAGCCUGGACCAGCGUAACGCCAACUCGGUGCUGCACUGCUCCAAGAUGCCUUGUUUGUACAACCAGCCUGCCUCCUCCACCUCGCCCAUGUCCACGUCCCCUGACGAGGUGGGCGAGCCGCUGCUCUGCCUGUGCGGCGCGCCCAUGACCCGCGUGGCCGCCCCUGCUCCUCCUCCUCCUCCUACUCCUCCUUCCAUUAUCACUCCUACUCAUCCUCGCCCUAUCACGGAGAAUUGCCUACUGCUGACUGAUGAGCUCAACAACGGCCCUGCCUCUCUUCCGGACAUUGACGAUUUGCUGUUUGCUGACCACACCCCCACUGAGGAGACCAGGCUGCUCGACAGGUCCCUGUCCUUGUCACAACACAAUUCAGGACUGAAUACAUAGCCUCUCGUUCAUCCCUAUUAACGGGGUAAGGAUAUGCCUUUUGAAAGAGUGUGGGAGAGAGAGAGAGAGAGAGAGAGAGGAGCACGUGCUGGAAUUCUUCAAUACUUGAGAAGGAACUGGUUCAGAAGAAAGAGACCGCCGGAGAAGGAGUGAGUGGAAAGGAACCAUCUUUUUUAAGCUUCUUUUUUUUAUAGACGAGAGAAGAAGCCCUUCACGACGUGUGCAGUGGAAAAGUAUAAAAAAACAAAAAAAAAUUAUUAUUAUCAGCAGUUCUGAAUAUCGCAGCUUCCAUCAUCCAAUUGAAAUUUCGGCACAGCUGUUCGUCUUUCAUGUUAAAGUCAUUUAGUGAUAUCAAACUUAACUAACUAAACUGCAUUUAUGAAAUUAGCCAGCUUCUACAUUUGCUUCAGAAAGAAAAAGAGUAACAAUGCAAAGACAGAAGAAAACGUUUAUCUUCAGCAUAAUGUAAUUACUGUUAAUCCGUGUGUGGUAGUGAGAUCAGUCCUUUGUCGGUCUCUCUUUUUCUCGUCCAUUUGGGGUAUGUGGUACAAAACAUGGCAAUAAUCUUGUUGCCCUUAGCUAUGUAAAUCAAACCGUCUUUCUCAUCUCAAUGGCAUCAUGUUAUUCUUACAGCUUAGAAGAAACUAACCAGAGCAAAAAAAGGGGGCGGUUCCAUGACGAAAGGGUCACCCACACACACACACACACACUUUAGUAGCAAGUGAGUCCUACGACGACAACCGAACAGUCAGUCAGUAUUGAUGGUGGUGAGAUGAUUAAUAAGUCUCGUGUGUAGCUCUGACCCUCGGCAGCCUGGGCAGGUGGAGGCCGCUUUUCGCAAGAACGGAGACAUUUCAGAGAGGAAAGCUAUUAAACCUUUCAUUAAAAAGUGAUGAUUUAACAAAAAAUAAAUAAAUAAAAUGAUCUUUGUAUCAUGAAUGAUGUCAAUGCUCUCAUUAAAUUCAGUGAAUAUCAACUCUCCCAAAACCAAAAGAACAAAAAUUGUCACCUUAGAUUUAUCGAUGAUAAAUUUGUGAAAACAAAAAAUCUGAGAUUGCUGUUGAGCUGCCCGUGAAGCCGAAGGUCACUGUAGGCUCUAGUGUAAAGUUCUUACUGUAGUUCUGUAGAGGCGACGCCAAAGUGAUAAAACCUAGGAUUUACCAGCUUUGUAUGCCUACAAGCCAUUCCGCCAGCCAGCCAGCCAGCCAGCGCCUAGCCUUCCGUGUCUGUACAACUCCGCUAAUUGCACCAACACAUAACAAGUUUAGUCUUUGUAUGGGACUUCAUUUUUAUCCCCAAAGAACUCUUUCCGUCUUUUUAUCUUCCUUUCUCUCUGUCUGUCUGUCACUCUCACUCCUCUGUGUACAUAAAAAUACAAAAAAGCUACGCGUCAUGUGUCCUUAUUUGAGAGGAUAAUGAUUAAUGAUCUCUUUUAUCCAUGGGAAAUAGGCAUGACUUUUGUAGGUCUCCUAUUUAUCAACACAAUUUUUUUAAUCAUUAUUAUGUAUUUACUUCUUGUUCUGCUCAUGCAGAGAUCUGAUCAAAAACUUCAGAAAUAUGUAAAAAAAGAAAAAAAAAGUGUGACCUGGUGGGGAAAGAAUGACUGAAUAGUUAGAAAGGAUUCUAUACAUAACAUAUUUUAUGCUUAUGUUUCCUUUUUAUUCCCCUCCUUUUCCAGUAAUUGAUCAUCACCCUUCACACCACUUUUCUUCUCGUUUGUUCACGUCACUCUCUCAGGUGCUUUAUUUAGAAGUACAGUAUGUUGGUUAAGAUUUGAAUACAUAAGUCAUAAAAAUCACUUGACGCAGGUUUUAGUCAUGAAUACUUAACUGAGGAUUCAAAGUCUUAUUCUUUUAUUGCUUAAGCGAUUGACACUUGCGAGUUAUAUUUGGUCCUUAGAACCAAGAAGUUGAAAUGUGAUAUAAUUGUAUGUCGUUAAGCUCAAAUCAUAAAUCCGCCUGUAGGAGUCAAAAUAAAGGAAAAGGGCUUAUUCCAAAUACUCUAUUAAUUGACCUUUAUUACUGUGUGAAAAUAAGAAUGUGUUCCAGUUACAAUACUUUGUAGUUAUAUUUCUGCAUUGAAUACUGUGGUAAUGCCAUACAUUAGCUUAUUAAGAGACAUAUGUUGAGCUGAAAUUCUUUCAUCAUGAAAGCGAGUUGUCAUGUUUACUGAAGUGAUAUAUGAGUAUAUAUGCACAGUAUGUGUUUACAUAUUUAUGGAGUGUCAACUCUUGUAUGUUCAUGUAUGAAAGAUUGUGUGUGUGUGGGUGAUUAGGAAUAUAUAUGCAUAUUCACAAUAUACAUGUGUGUAUACAUUUGUAUGCAUACAGAUGUGUGCCCUGGAACAAUUUAAAUAUGGUGUGUAUGUACACACAUGUAUACUGUGCAUAUAUAUAUUUGCAAGUCUAUUUUACUUGAGUAUUUAUAUUUUGUCUUUUAAUCCCAAAAAGAGUUAUAUUCUGAGAUGAUUUAUGAGUGCCUGAAAACUACUCAUCAAGGUGUUGAGAAACUUGUUGCUGUUUUAGUAUGUGAGUAAGAUUUAUAGAUUUAUGACAAAGUGUAUAAUUAAAAGUAUGCUACAUAUAACAUGGAAGUUGCUUGUGACAGUAAGUAGGAGGGAAUGAGAUUUACGCAAACAUGCACAAAACCUCUGUAAAUACACGCACAUAUCAUACAGUAUAUAUGUGUAUAUAUCUAUGUACAAUGCAGAGACUGGUUAAUUCUUUACAUAUGGAAAUGGCAUUUUCUUUAGUACUUCUCAUGGAUCAAAAUACAGCCAAGGGUGGUGGUGUAAUUUCAUGCAAAUGCUGGUGGUCAGAUUAUUUAUCAAUCAUUACGUAUGUAUACAAGUGUUCUAUUGAAAAUUUACAGUUACAGUACUAAUGUACUCCCACAUUCACUUCCCAACAUUAAAAUGAGGUAGAGUACUUAAUAUAAGAUUGCAUACACAACAAUGAAAAUAGUAAAGGUAUGCAGUAUUAUGACAGCUUUUUCAUUCAGCAAGACUGAUAUUUAAAAGGACUGAUAUUUAAAAGUAUGGUGAAUCUAUGCUUAUGAUAAGUAGAGCACCUGAUUGUAUUUUGUAGUCUUUUGAUGUUAAUUCAAUUAGCAAACAGUUGAAAAGUAAAUUUUUCAUGUUAAUACUUGAUUUUUUCAUUCAUUACUUAGAAUGUUUUCGUUUCAUUUGGGUUAUCGGGAGUUAGAUUGCAACCGACAUUGUUCCAGAGAAGAUUUUAUAGCAAAGCUUCAGCAGGAGGUGGGACUUGUUAGAAAGGAAUAAGUGUCAAAUGACAAGAUGAUAAUACUCUUUGCAUUCUGAAAUAUAUCCUUCCAUCACUAUUUGAAUGGACAUCAAAAUUGCGUCAUUUGUGAUGACAACGGAAUUGAUAUAUAGUACGGUGAUCAUGUUGUGUGAUUGUACGACCGUAUAAGUGCAAAUACUGCAUGUCUGUAUAUGAGCAAGUCUGUUUAUACAUUUGCAUAUGUGUGUGAAGUGGAAAUUCAUUUUACUAAUCUUAUAUUUUAAAGAAGUUGUUACAAUAGCCAUGUAUAGGUUUCUGGCACCUCCAUUGUUCCUGUAAGUCCCACCUUUCAAUAGACUUUAUAUAUAUAUACACAUAUAAAUAUAUACUGUAUACCUUUGUGUGUCUGUGUCAUUGUAUUUUCAGAGAGCAUUUUGACUAUUUACCAUACAACCGAGAGUUCUUUAAAAGAAGUGUUCUGUUUUAUACUAAGGGAUCCACUUUUGUAAUAACCUCAGGAGGAUAGAAUUCAAGAUGGAUUGAAUUGGUUGAAUACAUUGUUUUUUUACAUGAACACCAUUAUGGGGAACAGUCCAUUUUCAUUUAUUUACAAUAGUCAGGAGAGCACCUAACCAACAUACAAUUUUUUGUCAAAAUAACCCUUUUAGCAGUAUUAGUAUCAUGUGCAUAUUUCUGAACAAAGUGUCACUCUCUGAUUUUAUCCCUGAGUUCACCAGUCUUAUCAAGGAAAAAUGAAAGUAGUGACAACUGGGCAUUAUUUGGAAACUGUAGAUCCAAAAUGAUUAGUGUAUAAGCAUUUUGAUGGUGACAUCAACUGUCAUUACUAAGUUUUCCUCUGAAUGGACUUUGGGCUGGUUCAGUCAGAUCAAAAUUUGAAGAGUAAAAUCAGCCAUAAAGUUACUUACAUAAUGAGUCUAAAUGGUCUAACAAUUGCUACAUUUUAGAGAACUCAAGAGUAUACACCAAAACACUUCAAUAUGAUCAUAACAAGAUUAAAUUUAGUUUUGUGCUUUUCUUGUGGGAAAAUUUCUUGCCAAAUGAAGUGGUUAAAAUCAUUAUUCAGGUCCAUCACACUGUUUUGUAAAUACACUGAUUAGGUAUUAUGACUAUUAUAGAAAUUUCUUUUCAUCAUUAGCUUAUAACCAAGAAAAUGGUAUGCAUGGCUGUAGUAAGGGAUAUCAGUAGACUUUCAAGUUAUAGCUAAAGGUGUCAAGGGAAACAUAAUUCAGAUGGAAAGUGAUGGCAAUGCAUCCCGUCUACUGCCCCUAAUAUCAAUUUGCUCCUCACUUUAAGAGGUAAUCUGUUUGAAAGUGUGUAUAUAAGAAUAUAUACAUAUGCAAUUUUGAGCCAGCCAGUCAAUUAGGGCAGUGGUGGGGUCAAGAAUCCUUUUUGGGGUUCUCCUCCACAUUUACUGCCCAUAGCUGAUCAUUCUUGUACCUCUACAUUCUUUCUAAACUUUGUUAUAUCAUGAUGUAAAACACAUCAUCUUUCAUGCUCGAAUGAUGUAAAUGUGCAUAUGCUCAAUAAGUUAUUGUAUAUUGUGAAAAGUCCAAGUUCCCAUUUACUGUUCAUUAAAAUCACAGUUGAUUUGUAUUGUUUUGAAAACUGCCUUGGUGUUGUGGCGUAGUGUAGGACUGACAACAUUCGCCUGCUGACACAGAUCGAUGCUCAACUCGCCAUUUGAUAUUUUUGAUCAUCUUUUUAUAAUGCACCAUUAGUUAAUACUCAACUUUCACACUUAUGAUAAGCCACAACAUUAAUCCCACAUCACCAAUGUAGGAAAUUUAAUCCCUGUACAUUAUUCAGUAUAUUGCCAACAAUGGUUUGUAACUAACUAAUACCCAAACAUUUACAGGGAUUAUAUAUUUUUCAACAAGGGCACAUGAUUUACUACAAUUACAGUUAACUAUGAUGCUCAUCAUUGAAUCUUUGUUGCACGCUAAAGAUAAUAAGGUAUCAUCUAUCAGAGUAUAGCUCUUACUGUACAACAAACAGGCUUCAAACUGUUCCUUAUAAACAGGUCUGGUCUCAAGACAAAGUUUUUCACUUCAUGUACUAGCCCUGACCCUGACCCUGAUUUAUCAUCAUUCAUUUAGUUCAUUCAUCAAUGUCUUUUAAACCAUUUACCUAUUAACUGAAUCACAUUGCUUCUCUUCAUUUUGAUGGAUACAGUAUUUUCAUCAAUAAUCAGUGUUAUGGGGUGCAUUAUGAACACAUGAAAAGCAAAAUAAACUGGUGAAGAAAGAGAGCAAAGAAUUUCACCAUAGCACUUGCUGCAUUAUGAAGCUACCCCACAUUGAAAUUAUGUGUAGAUAAAAUCUGUCAUUGGUGUCCUCCUAGCCUAGUCAUGUAGUAGGAAAGGGAAAGAACUUGCAUAUCCAUGGCAAUAUUUGUGAGAAAAGAUAUAUAUAUAUAUAUAGAUAUAUAUAAAGGUUGAGAAAUGUUAUUCUUAAGGUUUGGGAACUGUAAUUGUAGUAGGCUAAUUAUGCUUACCCUAGCGUUAAUAAAUGUAGAGCCAUUCACUGUUUGAUAAAGACACAGUUAUUGCCUAGCAUUUGUAAGUUUAUUCUUUUCAGGGAUGUUGCUUGUUGCCCAAGAAGUAGGAAAUCUUGAUGUGUCUUAUGGCUGAAAUUUGUUAACCAUUGUUUUAAAGAAAGUUAACAGCCAAGAUUCAUUAAGAUUGUUAGAAGCCUAUUAACAACAUUAUUACUAGCCUGACAAUGUAUUGCACAGUAAUGCCAUGCCUAGAGUGUGCUGGGAGGAGGCAGGGAACCAAUUCAGUAAUGACAUAUUAGGUGCUGUUAAUCCCUCGACUCUGUUCUACCUCUUCCUUUGACAACCUGUCACAUCUUACCAAAUAUCAUCAUUUUAGAAGCAUUAGGACCAAAUUCUGCAACAGCAAAUAAGUUUUGUAAGUCAAAUGCUUUUGUGUGAUAUCAGUGCUAUUGGUAGAUACAUGUACUUCAAGAAGAUUGCAGCUAAAAUAAUAGAAUUUACUAUAUACAGUAUGUACACUUAAUUGCUCAAAGAAUAGCUUGUGUGAUGUUCCAGAAUUUAGUCCAAAGUGAGCAUCGUCUGCAGGCGUGUGUGUCACUACUGAGCACGGACUCUGUACUCUUGACAUGCUAUACCCAUGAAUAAUGUAAGAUCCCAAAGGACUUUUGGAAGAAUCAUGAAAUAAUCAUGUAUAAAACAUAAA